GCAGCAACCGCGACCCUCGUCCUUUCUCCACUUCACACUUCAUUGUCACUAUUGCCCAUCGCAACCACCAACGCGACAAGUAAUAGCAACAAUGCCCGCAAAACGCGCAUACAGCGCCUACCUCUCCAGCAUGCCUGCGGAUGUGCCAGUGGUCACUGCCAAUGGCUCCGGCGCUCCACAACUGCAGGCGCAGCACACCGCACCUUCCUCUGAAGAAUACCUACAUGUUCCAGGAGGAUGGCCGCAAGACGAUACCACCGCCACAGAGGAAGUCAUACCUCCGCGCGCUUCUCUCUUCAACACGCUCGGCAAGUGGGCUGCAACCGUCAGCGUUGCCAGCCUGCUCUCACUUCCAGCGCGCCUCGCAACCCGAUACCUCCGCCGGCAGACGAUCAAGGCGAUCCCGAUUAUCUCCUCGACUGGCUCCAGCAAGAAGCGCUUCAUUGCUGCAGGCGUGGCAGAUGAAGAGUACGCGACACCUUCCCCUUCAGUGCGCGCGCGCGCGAACCAAACGCGUCGCGAAAACCAAAGGCAGGCGCGCGCGUCACAGUCGUGGAAUGGUAGCCUGGGCCCGCGUCAGUUCCGCGACUCACCAAUUCGACAUACGUCACCAGCCAAUACACAAGAUUACGGACUAGAGACUACACCCACAGGCGGCUACUCCAACAACGCGAACACAUCCCUCGAGCCCGAAUUUGGCGACUCUGAAGACGCAAACGCAUCCCUCGAUGUCAAUGUCGACUUCUCUUUUGACAACAUUCUCACGUCCACCCCGGGACGGAACUACCAGACUGGCUCUCCCAUAAACGUGUCCUGGGACUCCCCUCAGAUUGACUCACCAGCGAGCCCAACUCCGUCUCCCCAGUCACACGACUAUGCAUACGAAUCGCCUGCUUGCGACAAUGCAGCUCCGGCAUGGCUCUUUUCUCAGUCUCCUGCUGCGCAUACCUCUCAGCAUAUUACACCAUCAGCGCAAGGAUCAGCAAGCGCAACCCCCAGCUCAAGCCGCAAUAGCCAGCGUGCUAUCAAAUUGCCCACAGUUACACCCAUGCGACGCCAGCUGUUGAAGCUGCAGCUUGGCAAUGAUAUCAAGCGCAGACAGGCCGCGCCUCUGACGGAGUCUGCGGAACAAGGUUUCGCCGAGACCCAGUCGCCUCAAACCAAUCCCGAGGCAGCCAAUAAAGACUCCUCCACUACAGAUGCUUUGUCAUAUGCAUCUCCCCCCGAGCCACACACACACAAACCUCACAACUCUCCAUCAGAAACUGAUGGUUCGCCGAUGCAAGUUGACUCUGUGCUUGCUACCCCAGAGUUCGAAUACGAAAACGACUUGUCGUUUCUUCUUGAUGCACCUACUCCACCGCGCAGGAAGGGAGUACGUUGGGAAAAGAAUGCUAAAUGCAAGCCCUUUUACUUUGAUGAGAGAGUUAGCGAAAUGCUCGACUCCACGCUAGAGACUAUCACCUCCAGCCCGGUCAAGAACUACCAUGAUGUGUUCCAGAAUCCUAACCGCGGCGCAUCAGACGGCAGUCAGGCCGCAUCCUCUUCCGGCUCUUCACCGGCCAGUAGCCCAAAGAUUACGCUUUUCGAUUCUCCUGCCAAGGACGGUGGAUGGCGCGGUGUCUCUAUAGACACCUUCAAUGCUCCAGAUGAAUCGCUCGAAGAAUCCCAGCUAUCACUAGAGCUUUUCGAGGAUCUCCAGAGAGAAGUACAGAGGAAGCUUGCCCUGGCGCCACCGCCACCGAAACCACUUGUCGCGCCGCUCUCUCCCAGCGAAGAAGAGAUACUGCAAGAUGCUGCAGCAAAGACCAACCACGGCCGCAACGCCAGCCAGUGGGUUAUUGAAGAGAAGCUGUAUGCUCGGGACUUUGCGACCUUGUUGCCUCGGGACUUCAACGGCGACCCGAGGGCUUGGCUGAACGACAACAUUGUCAACGAAUAUCUCUCCAUUCUUGUCGCCGCAAAGAAGAAGGAGAUGGGCUUUGCACACAAACGUAACGGCCCCGCACCUCCACUUCACGCCUUCUCGUCCUUCUGGUAUCAGACCCUCGAUACCUCGCGCUGGACCAAUAGGUUCCAGCUCAAAGGCAAGCAAUACCUAGAUGCUGAUCUUAUCCUCUACCCCAUCUGCGACAAAGGACAUUGGCGCCUGCUUGUGGUCUAUCCCCAGGAACGCUCCAUUGAGUACUUGGAUUCUAUGGGCCUUGACGGACAGAAGUACAUCGACCAUUUAGUGGCCUACCUCGAGAAGGAGCUCGGCGAACACUGGGUCCCUGGAGAAUGGACCAAAGAAACUUCCCAGCGGAGCGGACAGCAGCUGAACGGAAGCGACUGCGGUGUCUUUACUCUCAUGAACGCUUUGGUCCUUAUCCGUGGCGAUGCCCCUGACCGCGUUGUUGCUACUAACGGUAUGGACGACGCGCGCAAGCGUAUUGCAGCUACUCUGCUAGCCGGACAACCUACUACCGAGCUGGAGUGAGCACAUUUUCAUCACUCAAAAACACGGAUUCUACUUUCAUUUUACAUUGCAUGGAUUGGCUGGGAAUUUUGUUUUUUGGAUUGUUUCACGGCGCAUAGCAUGGUGUUCGGUCGCUUACGAGGUUCUUUACGACGGUCAUGACCUUGAUACCCCAUGAUACCCAUCGCCUCAGUGGCAUGAUUGUUUUGCAUAUUUGGGAGGCAUUGUUCUUGUUUUGUUUUGUUUUGUUCUGUUCUGUUUUGUUCUUCGCCUAUAUGGCAGAUGGCACGCAUGUUUCAAUAGUGGAUGGUCUUUGCUCUUUUUGUUCUUGCACCCAGACACAACUGUCAAGGUAUUUGCUGGGUGGUUCUCGUAGAUACUUUAGUGUAGCACUAAUGCAUUUUCCGGA